UUAGUAUAAUUGUUUAUGAAAAUCCCAACUCUAUUAAUAGACAACUGAUUCAUAAAUGCACACUCUUCGUUUCAUAUUGUAUUUCCUCCUCUCCCACUGUCAAAGUGAGAAAAUUCACGAACCGAAGAGUUGAAAAAGAGGGAAAAGAACUCCCAGUUUUGGUGCGCGUGAAAGUUGGCCGUGUAGUAAGCAAAGAUACGGAAAACAAUGGGAAGCAACUAAGGAAGCAGAGGGGGCAAAUAGGUCGGCUAAAAGUUAGGCAAAGCUUGGACCCACUUCACCAGAUAUUACCCUCUGUCUGCUGUAUGUCCCCAUCUCACCCUCUAACCUUUCACCUUAUAUUAAAUUCCCGAACUUACCGAGUAACCCAGAUUUCCUUGACUCUUGACCUCCACCCUUCCCCAAAAUGACCCUUUUUUUUCCUUGCUUUGCUUCUCUCACGCUGUAGCGUAAUAGCAACUGCACUUUGCGUCUUCUGAAGUAUUCUAUUCUAUUUUAUUUUGGAGGCAAUCUUUGUUUUGUUAUUGUUGGACAAUUCUAGUUUUCUAUUGUUAUUGAUGUGCAUGGAGCUCCAACUGGGACUGGCUCUUCCAAGUUCUCCUCCUAUUAUUCCCAUCAAAAUGUUCGACCUAAACAGCUGUGGUUACGAGCCUAGGGAGGCAUUGGGUUCCAACAACUUGAGCCGGCCUUUGCUAAAACUAGGUCCAUAUGACAUUGACAUCAACAGCAGCAGCAGCAGUAGCUCUAGCAGCAGCGGUGGCAGCAAAAAACGCGGCUUUGAUGGAGUACUACUCUUUGAUGAGAACAGAAUUGUUCCGAAAACGCUGCCUCUUUUGCUUUGGACUAACCAACCUAAUGAUGAAGAUGACCCUAAAGAUAUCGAGGACAACUCUUCUUCUGCCAAUUUCAAGAAUGAUGGAGAGGGUUUAGUGGGGUGGCCACCUGUGAAAACCUGGAGGAAGAAGCUACGCCUCCAAAUUUCCAAUGGCGGAGCAGAUAACAAUCGCAUGGUGGCGGCGGCGGAGAAUGGCUGUGGUGGUAGGGCUUCAAAUUCCACGUACGUGAAGGUAAAGAUGGAAGGAGUUGCAAUUGCCAGGAAAAUUGACCUCAGCGUCCAUCACUCCUUUGAAACGCUUACUAGCACCCUGAUGAGAAUGUUUGGUAUACCUGAUGAGAAUUGGAAUAGCUUUAAACUCACUUAUCAGGACACAGAAGGAGACUGGUUGCUUGCACAAGAUGUUCCCUGGAGGACCUUUAUUCGCUCCUUGAAAUGCCUGAAAUUAAUUAGAAGCAGCGGCUAGCAAGUGGGUUUCUCAUGGACCACAUCAAAAUAAAAUUAUCAAAAUCGUCGGCCAUGUUUCAUCUUCCUUAAUGUUGGUCUUCAAAGAAUCCUGGUGGCCUUUUUUUUUUGCUUGAAUUUUGAACGAGUACAUGUAAUAUAUAUAGUAAUUUAGCUCUUUUUGUGUAGAAUCUGAAACAGCAAUCAGCUCUAUGAUAAUUGCAAAAAGACUAGAAAACAUAUGACUUGGUGAUAAUAUUUGAAUCUGCUUGAGCCGCCUCUUUCUUUAAAGCACAAGCACUUGAUUGACCACCAUGGUCAGGCAAUAUUUAAGUGCGAUAACUUUUAAUGUCUGCUUCAAUUAUUCUCACACAUUUUCAUACUAAUGGUAAUGGAGUAGCAACUUGUGGAUAUUCUUAAGCAUAAACAAUUUGGGCCCAUCAAAAAGGCCGCUGAUUUCUUUUUGAGUGGAAGGUUGCUGGUUACCCUUUUCAGACGAGACUGUCGCAAUCUUACUGAAGAUUGUGGCUUUUUAAGCUUUUCUGUUUGUUUGGGAAUACCCAAAAUCCCAAAACGGUAAAUGAGAUAUCUAAGUUGCAGAGUCGGGGCUACUCAA